AUGUGUGGGAUCAGCGCCGUCCUCUCACUGGGAGCGAACCCCGCGCAAUCGAACGGGGAACACUCGCCAUCUAUCAAUGAGCAGCUCAGCAAGAGCCUAGAUCUUGUUCAACACCGUGGACCCGAUGCGCGUGGAGAAUGGGCAAGCGAUGAUGGUGACGUUUAUCUGGGCCACGUUCGACUCUCCAUCGUCGAUCUCAGCCCCCAGGCAAAUCAACCCUUCCAUGAUAGCGAGAAUGACGUCCACGCGAUCGUUAACGGUGAACUUUACAAUGACGCAUACUAUCGAAAACUCCUGGGUAGUGAAUAUCAAUUCCGUAGUCUAAGCGACUGUGAGAUUGUUUUGGCUCUCUACAAGCACUACGGUUUAUCUUUCCUGUCACAUCUUCGGGGCGAAUUUGCUUUAAUCUUGUGGGAUUCCCGCAGAAAGGUAUUCAUUGGCGCAAGGGACCGGUAUGGAGUCAAGUCGCUCUACUACACGAUUGUGAACAACAGAUUGCUCGUAGCAACUGAAAUGAAAUGCUUCCUCCCUUUUGGGUGGAAGCCAGAGUGGGAUGUUCAAAGCCUCAGGGAGCGCGGCUGGAUGUUUGGAGCGGGGACAAUGUUCAAAGGGGUCCAAUCGGUUGCCCCGGGGCAUUAUAUUAUAAGCAGAAGUUUCAAGCCUAUUCAAGAUGCAGCUUACUGGGAUAUUGAAUAUCCAGACAAGAGGACACCUGAGCUUCGAUCAGAAGUUGAGAUGGUCGAAGGCGUGCGGACCCGCCUAAUGGAAGCUAUCAAAGUUCGCCUGAGGGCCGAUGUGCCUUUAGGGAUCUACCUCAGUGGUGGAAUCGAUUCCUCUGCAGUGGCCGGCAUGGUAGCUCAUCUCGUCAAGGAGGAAGGAGCUCGUCUUGGUAAUGAUGGGAGCCAUCUGCUUUCGCGAAUCAAAUGCUUCACGGUGCAAUUUGACAAGGACAGCGGAGCGGACGAGUCUGAUAUUGCACAGCGUACGGCUGAAUGGCUCGGUGUUGACUUCCACCCAGUUCCUGUCAAUGAGGAUAUUAUUGUUUCUAAAUUUGAGGAUACUGUUUGGCACAGCGAAAUGCCCAUGCCGGACACAAAUGGCAUGGGAAGGCUUGCCAUGGCCGAAGUCGCCAAAUCGCACGGCAUUAAAGUGAUAUUAACAGGGGAGGGAUCUGAUGAGCAUUUUGGAGGAUACAAAGAAUUGGUGGGUGAUUUUUUGCUUGAAAGUGAUCCCUCAUGGCUCCCCUCGCCAUCGGAGAAAGAGAUUGCAGAAGUCGCAAAAAGUCUCAGCGACUCUUAUACAACACUGGCCAUCCCCGUAGAUGAAAAGAGGGUACCCGAGUCGACGCAACGAAUGCUUAACAAUACCUCAAUUCUGAAGUUAAUGGCAAUGGCCGGCCGCAUGCCCUUCGCCAAAUGGACAGACAUAUAUGCCGUCACGCUUCCUCAGACUGCGCAAGCAGAAAGCCUGGAUGGACGAGUUCGGGACGCUAUUGCGAACCGUUGGCAUCCACUUCAUACAGCGGAGUAUCUCUUUACAAAGGGCUUUUUCUGCAACUCGAUGCUUCGGUAUCUUGGUGACAAUAUCGACAUGGUCCAUCAUGUCGAAACUAGACCUCCAUUUCUAGACCACUAUUUAACAGAAUAUGUCAACAGCCUACCACCCAGUCUGAAAAUCAAAUUUUCAUCGCCAGAUGGACCUCUAACGGAGAAGUUUAUCUUGCGAGAGGCGGUGCAUCCCUUCGUCACUGAGGAAAUCUAUACACGGCAGAAGAAACCAUACCUUGGACCGACGAAAUUUCAGGAAAAUGGGCCACUUCAUCAAUUGGUCCUUCGCCUGACAUCUCGGGAAAACGUGGAUGCCCUUGGGUUUGUGGACUGGGAAGAAACACAAGAGCAUGUGCAGAAGGCAUUUCAAGAGAAGAUCCCUUGGUCUUUGCGAGUUGUGUUCAGUGUUUGUCAAUUCGUGGUGCUCUCGCAAAGGUUCGGGGUUGCCAAAGCCACGUCUUGA